GUCUGCCUUGCUGCUGUUGCAGGGCCCUCCACCCCCUCGCAUUCUCCUCCUCCUCUUGGCUGCCUCGCUGCUUACCUCUCGUCUGUGGGCGUGCUUUGAUGAUCUCUGGAGAGUUCCAGCUUUGUUUCCAGCUUUUGGAGUCAAUGCCAGAUUCAACUACGACGCCGGUGUUGCUGGGCGUUAGUGGGCUGUCCUGGGAUUGGAGUGCUGUCAUUUCGUAGACUCAUGCAUGCUCCCGUUGGAACGAGUUGGGAAUGAUUGACUCUAGUGAGGCUUUGAAGAUUUUUUUCGUUUUUUCGGGGUUCUGUGUUGGUUUCGUGCUGGGUUGAUGAUAGCAGUAGUGGGUAUCUGCGGUGUUUGGAUUGGGUUUAGUUACGUAGUGGACCUGGAUGGGGAGUUUCAUAGAGGUUACGUCGAGAGUUAAGGUUCUUGUGUCAAGUAGCUCCUUGGUUUGAGAAAUGGGGAGCAUUACGAGUGGUCUGAAGGGCCAAAUUAACUUUAUCCGUAGAGUGUCUUCGGAGGUCCGGACAAGAUCAGCGCGUGGUUUAUGAGAGUAUUCUACUCCAGAAGCGAUCUUUUUAUUGUGAAGAAUAUGGAAAUCGUAUCAAGCCGAUGACAACCCACAACGGCGUCGCUUAUGCAUAGCCAUGCAAGUUUUUUUUUUUCUUUGUAUUUAAAAUGCAGCCAGUAUACUUUCUUAAACCUCCCGUUAAAGCCCAAACCUGGGGUAGUACUACUACUUUCGCAAAGAUAACAUGAGCCUCUGUUUCAACGAUUUUCCAUGCACUCUGGAACGCCGUCUCCUGCGUCAUUCAUGUGGUCCUGGAUUUUCACACAAACUGCGCAGUGCAACAUUUCUCAAGAACAUAAGAGAUACGGAGGCUACGGAGGGAUUCAUAUCUCUGUGUUCAACUCCUACGGCCAAUACAUUAGCCCGGCUUUUGCAGCGAGACACGGCAUUGUUCUCUUCUGCAAAAUUUUGUGACCGAGAUGACAUCUCAGGGUGGCUAUCCCCGGAGUUCUAAAAAAAAUGGAGGGGAUGUCGCAAAUAGACACGACUCAAAAGUCCCAUACAACAAUCAACGAUCUGAGCGAGACCCAAGUGCGUGGGCGAUGGUGCACGACGUUGGCCAUAGGCUCCACUUCUCAGAAUCAACCGCCGACAUAGCUUUCGUAACCAAGAAUGCACUGGCAUUACGUGAUGCACACUCCAAGGAGUCUCUAACAGCACCUUUCAAGUCAAUCCAAACUCCUUCAACUGAGAAGCUGACUGCGGAUGAAUUUAGAGCAAAAUUACAGAACGGAAACAUGUCCCAGGCCCGGGCAGCAACGCAGGCAACAGCUGGUCUCAUGGCAAACCAUGGACCUAACAACAUCUUCAGCUUCAAUUCAAGCCGCAACGUAAAGGCUGUUACCGAAGCUGAGCCAUACGAAGAUGACAGCAACUGUGAGAAAGACAGCACGGCGAGCUUUGAUUUCAACCGGGCUGCUGCAAAUCGAUCGAUGGCCGGCCCUCUCACCAAGCCGACUCCAUCAAAAUGGGAUGAUGCUGAGAAAUGGCUGUCUGCUGGCGAAGCAGCACCUGCAAAACCAAGGCUCAAGAACUCUCCUCUUUCUGCUCCAUCUCAGACUGGUGCUCCAACGCUCUGUGCACGGAAAGGCGAUGCGUAUCCCAAUCCAGAAGUGGACGGGCACGACGGAACCAACGGAUGUGAUGACUAUUCUGGGGAGAACAGUUUCGAUGGAGAUGACAUGUCGCUAGAGAAAUGCAAUAAAUUCCUGGUGGAUUGUACAAAGAAGAAAGGAUUGCCAAACUUUGCCUUCAUGCCUUCAGGAAAGCCCGUACCAUUGCCACUACCGUCAGCAACCGUGGAUCGGUACCCACUGGAGGAUGUCUUUGGCCGUGACAACAGCAAUGCCAAAGAAAGCAGCACGCAUUUCGAAGCCCCUAAUGAGCCAUACUCAUACCGGAAUGUGAAACCGACUGCUGGAGUUCCCGUAGCAACUCGGGGAAAGGCAGCAGGAACGGUUGAUGAGCCAGCAGAUCCAAGCCCGACAAUGAACUCGGACGACCCAUCUCUGUAUGCCGAACCUGGCGUAGUGAACAUGCGAACAGUCUGCAUGCGUGACAUGGGCACUGAAAUGACCCCAAUGGCUAGCGUUGAGCCAUCUCGAACCGCAACUCCAUUAAUGGCAACUACGCCAAAUCUUGGAAGUCCUGCAAAUUCACGGCCUUCAUCUCCAGGGGGUACAAGAAAUACCACACCUGUAAGCUUGGGCUCAAAAGGCGGUAAUACCCGCCCUAAGAUCAUAGAGACUAAAACCGUUUUGUCUGGGAAGGACAAAACCCGUGCGGAGAUUCUGGCCUUGGGUACCCAACUCGGAAAGACGAACAUUACUGCAUGGGCUACGAAAGAGGAAGAAGAGGCCGAUGCUGCACAGGCUCUCAAGGCUAGUCUAGAAAUGGAGGAAGUACGCAAGAAUUUGUUGGCCAGUCGAGCUGCAGCCUGGGAAGAGGCUGAGCAAUCCAAAUAUACUGCCAGAUUCAAGCGCGAGGAAGCCAAGAUCCAAGCAUGGGAAAACCAUGAGAAAGCCAAGGCUGAAGCUGAAAUGCGCAGAGUGGAGGUGAAGGUGGAGCGAAUGAGGUCGCAUGCAAAUGAAAAACUGAUGAACAAACUAGCAGCUGCCAGACGACGUGCAGAGGAGCUUCGUGCAAAGGCUGAGGCCCUUCGGUGUGAGCAAGCAGCCAAGACAGCUACUCGGUCUGAGGACAUUCGCCGCACGGGGAAAGUCCCAACGUCUUUCUUUGGCCACCUCUGUGGGUGAGAUCCCAGCCGCUGCCAGAUUACGUAGCCUAGCAGCAGCUCCAAAGGUCACCACUCAGAACAGGUUACAUCAUGUAUCAACUUAAUCAAUUUUGGGAUUGUAUCCACUGAAUGAGGUUUCCUGCAGUCUAAGCUGGCAUGGCUUGAACUGCACCCUCUACCUCUAUCUGCAAUUCAACAAAGGAAUACUCACACAAUUCCAAUGC